AUGCUACAGCAGCAGCAGACAUGCUACACACCAGAGAUGCCCCACAGCGCAGCAGAUGGGACACAGCAGCAGCAGCAGCGACAGGCAGCACCUGACAGUGCAGAGCAGCUGACGGAUAACGACAAACCAGAGGAGUGUAAAGUGUGCUUUAACAAUUAUGAUGAAGAGCUACAACGACCACGCACUCUGCCGUGUGGUCACACAUUCUGCUCUCAGUGUAUUGAAGAUACAAUUAAGAAUGCUCAGCUCACCUGCCCCAGCUGCCGUGCUGAGCACAGUGCCACAGAUGCUACUCAAUUCCCAAUCAGCUACACUAUGGAGGCUGUGAUAAAGAAACUCAGAAGUAUCCAGGUUACAUCAGUGGGAACAAUGUCAACAAAAUGUGGUCAAGACCGCACAAGAGGCAUCAGCAAGAAGUUACAGUCUUUGGUACAGGAACACAAGAGCAGUAUCAGUAACCUUAUAAGUGAGUGUGAAGAAGAACUGUCCCAGCUGAGCAAGUACCAGGGGCAGGUGAGGGACUGGAAGACCCAGCAUCACCAACUGCAGGACAGACUCUAUGAUCUGCUGGAGCAGAACAAGGCAGCAAUAGAGCUCCUGGAACAGGAGGAUACCAGUGUACUGACAAUGACAACAGAAGGUGAGUCAGGAAAGAAGCAGCUGCAGAUCAUGCUGGAGAACCUCAACACAGUCAACACUGCACAGGAGGUCUUCACAACCACUGUUGAAGCUGAUCACUACAAUGUGGAGGUUGAAGAUUGGAUCCAGAAGUGUCAGGAACUCUUCCCAGAUGUCAACACUGUCUACACCUCAGUAAAGGUACAGGAGACCAUUAAGAAGGCCCUGGACACCAUCACCACAGAGACAGGUGCCACAACUGCCACUGUUCUCCAGGGAGACUCAGCCACCACCAUCAUGGAGAAAGUUAAGAUAAUUAUUGGUGAAAGCCCUCCAGCGACAUUAACUGUUGAUCAUCUUCGUGGGAUGAGUGAGAGCAUCAAGAGGCUGGUGGAGGCUGGCCUGGUGUUUGGUGUCCAGCAAGACCAAGAUGACCUCUGCUACUCCAGGAUAACUUUACAAGAUGGUCAAACUGUAUCUCCAUGGCAUCCAGGAUUUUCCCUCGUGGUGAUCCAGAAGUUGGGAAGAGACAGGAGCAACCUGCUGGAAAACCGGGGUUUGUGUAAUUGA